UCGGCCGCGUUUUUGCCUCCGCUCAUUCAUUCUUUCUCGGACUGUCGAGCGGGCUCGGCCUUCUCUCUCUACCGAUAGCCAACAGGCGGGGGAUUAGGGUUAGGGUUUUAGGUUUGUGGCGGAGAUUCUCUUCUGCUGAAUUUGCUAAUCCGUUACCAAUCGUAUCAGAAGAACCUGGUCGUCGACAAUGGCGAACAGGACGGAUCCAUUGGCGAAGAGUAUAAGAGGGACAAACCCGCAGAAUCUGGUGGAGAAGAUUGUGCGAUCGAAGAUUUAUCAGCACACGUAUUGGAAGGAGCAAUGUUUCGGUCUCACAGCGGAGACGCUCGUCGACAAGGCCAUGAAGCUCGACCACCUAGGCGGAACCUACGGCGGAAACCGGAAGCCGACUCCGUUCCUCUGUCUCAUCUUGAAGAUGCUCCAGAUCCAGCCUGAGAAGGAAAUCGUCGUCGAGUUCAUAAAAAACGAUGAUUAUAAAUAUGUCCGUAUUCUUGGUGCCUUUUAUCUUCGUCUCACUGGUACCGACAUUGAUGUCUAUCGGUAUCUUGAGCCUCUCUACAACGACUACCGAAAACUGAGACAGAAGUUAAACGACGGGAGGUUUACGUUGGCACAUGUGGAUGAAGUUAUUGAUGAACUCUUAACCAAGGAUUAUUCUUGUGACAUUGCUUUGCCCCGCAUCAAGAAAAGAUGGACACUCGAACAAAUUGGUUCUUUAGACCCUAGGAAAAGCGUCUUGGAAGACGAUUUCGAGGAAGAAGAAGAAAAGGAGGAGAAUGAAGAGGUUGCAGAUGGGUCUGAGGACGAUAAGGGUUAUAACUGUAAGAGUCCUGAAAGGGAAAGGGAAAGGGAAAGGGAAAGGGAAAGGGAAAGAGAGAGGGACAGAGACAGAGACAGGAGACGUGACAGUCACAGACUCAGAGAUCGUGAUUAUGACAGAGAUUAUGAUCGAGAUAGAGACUAUGAUAGAGACUAUGAUAGAGAACGUGGGCGUGGUAGGGAACGUGAAAGAGACAGGGACAGAGAUAGAGAUCGGGAGAUGGGUCAUUAUAGAAACAAGGACAGAGAUAGAGAUCGAGAAAGGGACAGGGACCGAGAUAGAGAUAGAGGUCGGGAACGGGACAGGAGAGACAGGGGAAGACGAAGGAGCUGGUCAAAGAGCAAGAGCCGAAGCAGGAGCAGAAGCCGGGAUCGGAAAAGACAUGGAAACGAGGACGAUUCCCGGGACCGAGAAGAACCGAAAAAGAAAAAGGAGAAGAAGGAGAAGAAGAAGGAAGAUGGAACCGAUCACCCAGAUCCUGAAAUCGCAGAAGCUAAUAGACUCAGAGCGUCUUUGGGAUUGAAACCCUUGAAGUUAUGAGCAAACACUUGAGAGGGAAGACCCUAAACCGGGUUUGUGUUUCAGUCAUACCGGACUGAACCGGGAUUGUCGACCGGUUACCGAGAUCUUACCCAAAGGUGACUUUUGAUCCUUUUGUGUUUGAAGAAUUGCUGAGCUAAUUUUGUGUUGAGUAUUUGUAUUUUACAUUUAGCUAAAAUUUUAAUUAUGUUUAUGUUGGCAGUACCAUUAUAAGUACAGGAACUAAAAUGACAAGUACCAAUACCAUGUCAUUUUGGUUUGGUUUCAAUUA